CAAGGGACAUAUGACACAUUUCUUCAAAAUUUUCAAAAAACAAACUUUUGAAAAAUUUAAACCUACUACUUUGACAGUAUAUCUCGCGCCCAAUCCAAUAAAAUACAAAAAAAAAAAAAAAUGGAGCAGCAAAGAAAACAUCUCUACCUCCUGGAGGUCGUUGUCAAACGAGUCACGAUAUAUCCAAAAGUACUUCUGCAAAGCUUUUCCUUUGACCCUGCCCAGAUCACAGAGCUACCAAUCCUUGUUAAAGUCAAUUUCUCGAGUUUCUUCAAUGUAGAAAUUGACAAAGACGGAAAGCUUGGGCAUUGCAAAGUGAAGCUGCCGAAGGAUAAGAGGCCUCCUACUCCAGCUGAUGUGGAAUCAGAUAAUGAAGAAGCCUCUGGUAAGUCCUGCAUCUUUCCUCUCUCAAGUGAAUACAUGGAAAAAGAAAUACGCGAGACGCCAAUGUACCUUAACUGUUUUACAAAAACAGAAGGGAACAUGUCACCAAUUUUACUAGGUAGAACAAAAAUCAACCUCGGUUCUAGCUUUCUUGAAACAGUGUGCCGUGGUAGAUUACCGGCUUUUCUGCCAGCCUCUUUGACAGUCGAUACGACUGAGAAAUUGACCAACAUAUUCGGUGAAGAGAGCGGAAGCGCUGACAUCUCAAUUCGACUGUCCUGUUUUGGUAAUGCACUCUUAAGUGACUUCAGGUCUCUGUCUCCAAUGAUGAAUACUGAAUUCGUGAACAAGGAACAAUUUACAAAACAGGUUAAGGGUAACUGUAACAUUCUGAAAGAAAGGAUUUUUCCAUGCCUUUGCUGAUCUUCCAAUUAGCUGAAACCAUUCACUGAUGGGCAACAUAAAAGUUAUCCUCUCAAUAAUUCAAUUAAAAUAAAGUAUCUUGUCUAUGCAUAAUUUGUAACCUGUAAACCUUAUUAAAUGACAGAUAAUGAUACUGAAAAAUGUUUUUAAAAAAAAUAAAGAGCCACCAAUAAGAAAUUUA